CCGCGCAGCGGCGGCGGGGCUGACCCGUGCUUUGGGGAGGGCUCUUUCCGUCCGUGGGGGUGUGUCGGCGGGGCAGGCCGAGGCCGUGGGAGCCGCUGCGGCCGCGCCUUCCCUCUGCCUCUUCCGCCGCCGACCUCCGCGCGGGACCCCAGCCAGCCGCGGUGGGCGGAGGACUGCACGCCGCGCCGCGUCCUUAUCAACCGGCCGGGCGGCGUGGCUCGCGGCCACCUAGUCCGAGGAGGCGAAGUCCCGGGUGGGGCCAUGGCUCCCCGGGGCGCGGGGGCCGACCAGGGUCCGAGAGGAGGCCGGGAGCGCUGAGCCCGGAACGGGUGGUGCGCGCGGGCAGGCGGCCGUCGGGGCGCCCAGGGAGCGCACGCGGCACCAUGCGCGCCCUCCUGCCUCCGCUGCUGCUGCUCGCCUGCGCCGCGCACGCCGUGGGAGCCCUCCCUCGGCUGUGUGCUGUGCUGCAGGUGCUGCGGGAAGAACGGGACCAGUGUCUGCAGGGACUCGCCGAGGAGAAGGCCAGGCACCCGGCCCCAGGCUGCCAGGGGCUGUGGGACAACACGAGCUGCUGGCCCUCCUCUGCGCUGGGACAGACGGUGGAAGUGGCCUGCCCGCGGUUCCUCUGGAUGCUCGUGGGCAGAAACGGUUCCAUAUUUCGAAACUGCACGCAGGGCGGCUGGUCAGAGACCUUCCCCAGGCCUGACCUGGCCUGUGGGGUCCACGUGAACGACUCCUCCAACGAGAAGAGGUACGAGUACCUCCUGAAGCUGAAGGUCAUGUACACCGUGGGCUACAGCUCCUCCCUGGUGAUGCUCCUGGUGGCCCUUGGCAUCCUCUGUGCCUUUCGGAAGCUCCACUGCACCCGCAACUACAUCCACAUGCAUCUCUUUGUGUCCUUCAUCCUGCGUGCCCUGUCCAACUUCAUCAAGGAUGCCGUGCUCUUCUCCUCCGACGACGUCGCCCGUUGUGAUGCCCACAGGGUGGGCUGUAAGCUGGUCAUGGUCUUCUUCCAGUACUGCAUCAUGGCGAACUACUCCUGGCUGCUGGUGGAAGGCCUCUACCUUCACACACUCCUCGUCAUCUCCUUCUUCUCAGAAAGGAAAUGGCUCCAGGGAUUUAUUGCCCUCGGAUGGGGUAUGUUUCUCCAGGGGUACGGUGGCUGCAUGCUAUGUGGGAAAGGGCACUGA